AUGAUUUCCGACAACGACCUUUACCGCCUUGCGAUUUUCCUUGGCUCUGCUGCCAUGGUUCUGAUUGUUGUCUACCACUACGUCGAAGUCAACACCAAAGAAAACAACAAGGUCGAGCAGAAGACUGCGCAGUCUGUCAAAGCCGCGAAGGCUUCAUCAUAA